AUGCACUGCCUUGUCAGGGAACAUUGCGACAAGGGUGAACCUAAAACAUGUGUUAUCUUUAUAAACAAGAACGGUCACAUUCUUAAACACCUUACUACUAGGGAGUCUUAAUAAGUCAGUCAACUAAGUUACAACGGGUGUCAGUUGCCUCCAUUUCAGAUGAUUUUGUACUCGACUAGAACACAGGGUGUCACAGUUUGUAUUUUUUGGUUAGAUCUGAACGUUAGUAAUGGACAGUUACAACGAUUUCAGUUUGACAACCCAUUCUGAAGACUAGUGAAAAGCUACAGUCAUGAUGAGGAGCACUGCACUGUUCUGUCUCCUGUCCGUCUCAGGACUGUGUUACCUGACUCUCAGUAUCUCCCCUCCUCAGUAUCACUAUAUUAGCCUUCAAAUGAAUUAUAGCCAAGCCCAGACUUACUGUAGAGACAUGUACACUGACUUGGCAACCAUCUACAACUCAGGGGAUCUGGAUAGACUUGUACAAUUGGUACCGAAUGGUACAGCCAGUGUCUGGAUAGGACUGGAGUUUGGAGAUGAAUUUGAGUGGCACUGGUCAUUACCAGAUCAGAGAAAUAUUGAGUUUUUCAACUGGAGGGCAGCAGAGCCGAAGCAAAACAAUACUCAAGACAGCUGUGCUGCAAUGGAUCCAAACGGACAGUGGUUUGAGGAUAACUGCCAAAUCAAAAGAGGUUUUGUUUGCUUUGAUGGGAAAAACGCUAGUAACAGUCACAUCUUCAUUGAUGACAGCAAGACUUGGAGAGAGGCUCAAGACCACUGCCGGGGUACGUAUACAGACCUGGCCAGCAUACGGUCCAGAGAGGAAAACCAUCACGUCCAGAACAUGUCACUGUCCCAGAGCAUGUGGAUUGGUCUCUUCAAAGACCCAUGGAAGUGGUCAGAUGGGAGCAACUCCUCAUACCGCUUCUGGAAAACCAAUCAGCCUAACAACUUCAGAGGGGACCAGAACUGUACUUCUGUUAUACUCAACGAUAACAAGUGGAAUGUCCAGUGGUGCAACAUCAGUUGGGGGUUUGUCUGCCAUGGUGAAAUGAAGCGACCAACUACCCAGAUGCCACCUACAACUCCUCCCACAGCUACUGUGCUUGCCACUGCUGAACAGUCAACUACAGAUGAAGUAACACCUAAGCUAACAACUACCCAUUUUGUGCAGAUUCAACAUAUUCUUUUAGAUCUUUUACCAACCUCUGACCAAGCAACUACUGUAGGCUUACCUGUUCAAAACACUCCAUCUACACCAGUACCAACUACAUUCACGACCACAGACCAAGGUUCAAUUGAACAGUUAACUACAAAACACCUAACUACCGAACAUGGAACUACUGUUAAAAAACCAACUACAUUCAAUACCACAGUAAAUGUUACUAAACAGUUGACUACUGAACGCCUAACGUCUGACCAAGCGACUAUUGUACCUGUUCAAAGCAAUAUCUCAAUGCCUGUACCAACUUCAUUGAUUUCCACAGAACAUGCUUCAACUGAACAGUUAGCUACUGAACACCUAACCUCUGACCCAGCAACUCCUGUACCUGUUCAAAGCAAUAUCUCAAUGCCUGUAGCAACUACAUUAACUAGAGAGCAAGCAACUACUGGUUACAUACCUACAAGCGCUACUUUCAAUACCACAGUGCGUGUUUCUACUGAACACACAAGCUCUGAUCAAGCAAUUACUGCACCUGUCCAAAACACUCCUUCUACACCUGUACCAACUAGAUUCACUACCACAGAGCAAGUGACUACUAGUUACAUACCUACAAGUGCCUCGACCGCACCUGUCCAAAACACUCCCUCAUCGUCUGUACAAACUACAUUCAAUUCCACAGAACAUACUUCACCAGAACAGUUAACUACUGAACACCUAACCUCUGGCCCACUGACUACUGUACCUGUUAAAAAAACAACUACAUCCAAUACCACAGUGCAUGUUUCUACUGAACACCUAACCUCUGACCCACUGACUACUGUACCUGUUCAAAUACCAGCUACUUUCAAUACCACAGUGCGAGUUUCUACUGAACACCUAACCUCUGACCCACUGACUACUGUACCUGUUCAAAAACCAACUACAUCCAAUACCACAGUGCAUGUUUCUACUGAACACCUAACCUCUGAUCAAGCAAUUACUGAACCUGUUCAAAACACUCCUUCUACACCUGUACCAACUAGAUUCACUACCACAGAGGAUGUUUCAAUUGAACAGUUAACUACUCAACACGUAACUACACAACAUGAAACUACUGUACCUGUUCAAAGCAUUAUCUCAUUGUCUGCACCAACUACCACAGAACAUGCUUCAACUGAAAUGUUAACUACUGGAUACUCAACUAGAGAGGAAGCAACUACUGGUUACUUACCUACAAGUGCUUCUGCUUCAAAUGUCCAAAACAGUCCCUCAACACCAGUACCAACCACAUUCAACACAACAGAACAUGUUUCAACUGAACAGUUAACUACUGAACACGUGACCUCUGACCCACUGACUACUGUACCUGUUCAAAGCAUUAUCUCAUCGUCUGCACCAACUACCACAGAACAUAUUUCAAGUGCUUCUGCUUCAAAUGUCCAAAACAGUCCCUCAACACCAGUACCAACCACAUUCAACACAACAGAACAUGUUUCAACUGAACACCUAACCUCUGACCCACUGACUACUGUACCUGUUCAAAAACCAACUACAUCCAAUACCACAGAACAUGCUUCAACUGAAAUGUUAGCUACUAGAUACUCAAUUAGAGAGAAAGUGACUACUGGUUACUUAUCUACAAGUGCUUCUACUGUCCCUGUCAAAAACAGUCCCUCAACACCAGUACCAACUACAUUCAAUUCCACAGAACAUACUUCACCAGAACAGUUAAGUACUGAACACCUAACCUCUGACCCACUGACUACUGUACCUGUUCAAAAGCCAACUACAUUCAAUACCACAGUAAAUGUUACUAAACAGUUGACUACUGAACGCCUAACGUCUGACCAAGCGACUAUUGUACCUGUUCAAAGCAAUAUCUCAAUGCCUGUACCAACUUCAUUGAUUUCCACAGAACAUGCUUCAACUGAACAGUUAGCUACUGAACACCUAACCUCUGACCCAGCAACUCCUGUACCUGUUCAAAGCAAUAUCUCAAUGCCUGUAGCAACUACAUUAACUAGAGAGCAAGCAACUACUGGUUACAUACCUACAAGCGCUACUUUCAAUACCACAGUGUGUGUUUCUACUGAACACCUAACCUCUGACCCACUGACUACUGUACCUGUUCAAAAACCAACUACAUCCAAUACCACAGUGCGGGUACUUACUGAACACCUAACCUCUGAUCAAGCAAUUACUGAACCUGUUCAAAACACUCCUUCUACACCUGUACCAACUAGAUUCACUACCACAGAGCAAGUUUCAACUGAACAGUUAACUACUGAACACGUAACUACACAACAUGAAACUACUGUACCUGUUCAAAGCAAUAUCUCAUCGUCUGCACCAACUACCACAGAACAUGCUUCAACUGAAAUGUUAACUACUGGAUACUCAACUAGAGAGGAAGCAACUACUGGUUACUUACCUACAAGUGCUUCUGCUUCAAAUGUCCAAAACAGUCCCUCAACACCAGUACUAACCACAUUCAACACAACAGAACAUGUUUCAACUGAACACCUAACCUCUGACCCACUGACUACUGUACCUGUUCAAAAACCAACUACAUCCAAUACCAUAGAACAUGCUUCACCUGAAAUGUUAGCUACUAGAUACUCAAUUAGAGAGAAAGUGACUACUGGUUACUUAUCUACAAGUGCUUCUACUGUCCCUGUCAAAAACAGUCCCUCAACACCAGUACCAAAUACAUUCAAUACCACAGAACUUGCUUCAACUGAAAUGUUAACUACUGAACACCUAACCUCUGACCUACUGACUACUGUACCUGUUCAAAACAACCCCUCAACACCAGUACAAACUACAUUCAACACCACAGAACAUGCUUCAACUGAACACCUAACCUCUGACCCACUGACUACUGUACCUGUUCAAAAACCAACUACAUCCAAUACCACAGUGCGGGUUUCUACUGAACACCUAACCUCUGACCCACUGACUACUGUACCUGUUCAAAAACCAACUACAUCCAAUACCACAGUGCAUGUUUCUACUGAACAGUUAACUACUGAACACCUAACCUCUGACCCACUGACUACUGUACCUGUUCAAAAGCCAACUACAUUCAAUACCACAGUAAAUGUUACUAAACAGUUGACUACUGAACGCCUAACGUCUGACCAAGCGACUAUUGUACCUGUUCAAAGCAAUAUCUCAAUGCCUGUACCAACUUCAUUGAUUUCCACAGAACAUGCUUCAACUGAACAGUUAGCUAAUGAACACCUAACCUCUGACCCAGCAAGUCCUGUACCUGUUCAAAGCAAUAUCUCAAUGCCUGUAGCAACUACAUUAACUAGAGAGCAAGCAACUACUGGUUACAUACCUACAAGCGCUACUUUCAAUACCACAGUGUGUGUUUCUACUGAACACCUAACCUCUGACCCACUGACUACUGUACCUGUUCAAAAACCAACUACAUCCAAUACCACAGUGCGGGUUUCUACUGAACACCUAACCUCUGAUCAAGCAAUUACUGAACCUGUUCAAAACACUCCUUCUACACCUGUACCAACUAGAUUCACUACCACAGAGGAUGUUUCAAUUGAACAGUUAACUACUCAACACGUAACUACACAACAUGAAACUACUGAACCUGUUCAAAACACUCCUUCUACACCUGUACCAACUAGAUUCACUACCACAGAGGAUGUUUCAAUUGAACAGUUAACUACUGAACACCUAACCUCUGACCCACUGACUACUGAACCUGUUCAAAACACUCCUUCUACACCUGUACCAACUAGAUUCACUACCACAGAGGAUGUUUCAAUUGAACAGUUAACUACUCAACACGUAACUACACAACAUGAAACUACUGAACCUGUUCAAAACACUCCUUCUACACCUGUACCAACUAGAUUCACUACCACAGAGGAUGUUUCAAUUGAACAGUUAACUACUGAACACCUAACCUCUGACCCACUGACUACUGAACCUGUUCAAAACACUCCUUCUACACCUGUACCAACUAGAUUCACUACCACAGAGGAUGUUUCAAUUGAACAGUUACUUGCUGAAAAUCAAACUACAGAUCAAGUGACUAUUGGUUACUUACCUAAAAGUGCUUCUACUGCACCUGUCCAAAACAUUCCCUCAUCGUCUGUACCAGAUACAUUCACUACCACAAAGCAAGUUUCAACUGAACAGUUAACUACUCAACACGUAACUACACAACAUGAAACUACUGUACCUGUUCAAAGCAUUAUCUCAUCGUCUGCACCAACUACCACAGAACAUGCUUCAAAUGAAAUGUUAACUACUGAACACGUGACCUCUGACCCACUGACUACUGUACCUGUUCAAAGCAUUAUCUCAUUGUCUGCACCAACCUCUGACCCACUGACUACUGUACCUGUUCAAAGCAUUAUCUCAUUGUCUGCACCAACUACCACAGAACAUGCUUCAACUGAAAUGUUAACUACUGGAUACUCAACUAGAGAGGAAGCAACUACUGGUUACUUACCUACAAGUGCUUCUGCUUCAAAUGUCCAAAACAGUCCCUCAACACCAGUACCAACCACAUUCAACACAACAGAACAUGUUUCAACUGAACACCUAACCUCUGACCCACUGACUACUGUACCUGUUCAAAAACCAACUACAUCCAAUACCAUAGAACAUGCUUCACCUGAAAUGUUAGCUACUAGAUACUCAACUAGAGAGAAAGUGACUACUGGUUACUUAUCUACAAGUGCUUCUACUGUCCCUGUCAAAAACAGUCCCUCAACACCAGUACCAAAUACAUUCAAUACCACAGAACUUGCUUCAACUGAAAUGUUAACUACUGAACACCUAACCUCUGACCUACUGACUACUGUACCUGUUCAAAACAACCCCUCAACACCAGUACAAACUACAUUCAACACCACAGAACAUGCUUCAACUGAACACCUAACCUCUCACCCACUGACUACUGUACCUGUUCAAAAACCAACUACAUCCAAUACCACAGUGCAUGUUUCUACUGAACACCUAACCUCUGACCCACUGACUACUGUACCUGUUCAAAAGCCAACUACAUUCAAUACCACGGUAAAUGUUACUAAACAGUUGACUACUGAACGCCUAACGUCUGACCAAGCGACUAUUGUACCUGUUCAAAGCAAUAUCUCAAUGCCUGUACCAACUUCAUUGAUUUCCACAGAACAUGCUUCAACUGAACAGUUAGCUAAUGAACACCUAACCUCUGACCCAGCAACUCCUGUACCUGUUCAAAGCAAUAUCUCAAUGCCUGUAGCAACUACAUUAACUAGAGAGCAAGCAACUACUGGUUACAUACCUACAAGCGCUACUUUCAAAACCACAGUGCGUGUUUCUACUGAACACACAAGCUCUGAUCAAGCAAUUACUGCACCUGUCCAAAACACUCCUUCUACACCUGUACCAACUAGAUUCACUACCACAGAGCAAGUGACUACUAGUUACAUACCUACAAGUGCCUCGACCGCACCUGUCCAAAACACUCGCUCAUCGUCUGUACAAACUACAUUCAAUUCCACAGAACAUACUUCACCAGAACAGUUAACUACUGAACACCUAACCUCUGGCCCACUGACUACUGUACCUGUUAAAAAACCAACUACAUCCAAUACCACAGUGCGUGUUUCUACUGGACAGCUGUCUACCAGACUCCUAACCUCUGACCCACUGACUACUGUACCUGUUCAAAAACCAACUACAUCCAAUACCACAGUGCGUGUUUCAACUGAAGAGGCAACUCCUGAACGCUCAACCGCUAACCAAGCCACUACUGCUUACUUACCUGCAACAACUGUACCUGUUGGAAACACUCCCUCAACACCAGUACCAACUACGUUCAAUACCACAGUGCAUAUUUCUACUGAACACCUAACCUCUGACCCAGUGACUACUGUACCUGUUCAAAACAGUCCCUCAACGUCUAUACCAACUACAUUCAAUAGAACAGACCAAGUUUCAACUGAACAGUUAACUACUGAACACCUAAAUACAGAAAGUGCACCUACUGUACCUUUUCAAAGUGUUAUCUCAUCGUCUGCACCAACUACCACAGAACAUGCUUCAACUGAACAGUUAGCUACUGAACACCUAACCUCUGACCCAGCAACUCCUGUACCUUUUCAAAGCGUUAUCUCAUCGUCUGCACCAACUGCCACAGAACAUGCUUCAACUGAAAUGUUAACUACUGAACACUCAACUACAGAGAAAGUGACUACUGAUUUCUCACCUACAAGAGCUUCUAAUGCUAAUGUCCAAAACAUUUCCUCAACGUCUUUACCAAGUACAUUUAAUACCACAGUGCAUGUUUCAACUGAAGAGGCGACUACUAAACACCUUACUACUGAGAAUGUAAAACAUCAAUCAACAACUGAGACUGCCGACACAGAAAUGCAACACAGCAUUACACAAGUGACUACUGAACAUACUUCUGCCCUACAUAUAACCACAGUGGCUGAGACUGCUCCAUACAGUACUACAGAGCCUGUCAGUCUCUCCACUGUUAUGCCAAAUGAAUACAGUCAAGGUUUAAGUCCAGGCAACCUGAUAUUGAUCCAUGAGAACAUGACGUGGAACGAGGCCCUGAGCUACUGCAGAGAGCACCAUGUUGACCUGGUCUCGAUCACUACAGAGCUGCUUCAGUACUGGGUGACAGAGAGGGCUGCCAACGCCACCUCAUCCCACGUCUGGGUGGGCCUGCGCUUCACCUGUUCAUUCCACUUCUGGUUCUGGAUCAGGUCUGAUGCAGGCUGCUACCAGAACUGGGCCCCCGGGCACGGCUCAGACAGCCAGCAGGACUGUGGGAUUGCAGGGGCUGUAGAGACCACCGGGAGGCAGCAAUGGGUUAGUCUGGAGGAGAACCAGAGGCUCAACUUCAUCUGCUACAAAUGUUCUGGGGACAGUGGUGAGGGGUUGAUACAUCCCUGAUUCGGACAACUUUUGUACUAUGUAUGUUUCUUGUGCAACGUGAAAAAUGUACACUACCGUUCAAAAGUUUGGGGUCACUUAGAAAUGUCCUUGUUUUUGAAAGAAAAGCACAUUUUUGUCCAUAAAAUAACAUCAAGUUGAUCAG